AUGCAAAAAAUAGUUAGUUUUUUAAAAAAGAAAAAAGAACCAAAUAGUUGGUCAAAUUUUGAUAGAUCGGAUGAUAAAAGUAAAUCAUUAUCUAAAAAAGGAUCUUUGUAUGCAAAUGGUAAUUAUGAUGGUGGUGGUAGUGGUAGUGGUAGUGGUGGAAGUAGUAGUAAUAGUAGUGGUAGUAGUAGAAAGAUAAAUACAGGUGGUAACAAUAGGAAUGGUGGAGGUAUGGUACAUAGUCCAAGUAAUAGUAGUAUAAGUAGUACAAGUAGUAAUAAUAGUAAUAGUACAACAGCAAGUAGUAGUAGUAAAUUAAAAGGCAAUAAAAAUAGGAAUAGCAGUGGAAAACAAAAGAAUUCCUCAUCACAACACCAACAAUAUGGAAAUACCUAUUAUUUAGACGAUGAAUGUGAUUCUGAUGAUUUCAUUCCAGGUGAGGUUAGAUCAAUUUCCAAAACAAUAGAUUUCAGUAAAUCUGAAAGAAAAUGGUUAACAUCUUUAAAUAUACCACAGGAACUAUUGGAUGGAAAUAUAAAUGUUUUAUUAAAUGUUUUAAACUUUCUUUCAAAAAAAGAAGGUAUCUUAUAUAUACAAACUCCAACAAAUAUAAUUAAUAAUACAGGUAAAAAGAAUUUUCAACAACAACAAUUACAACAAUUACAACAACAACAACAACAACAACAAUUACAACAACAACAGCAUCAACAACAUAAUCAUCAAAUAUAUGGUAAUGGAAAUAAUAAUAAUUUAAAUGUAAAUGUAAAUGUAAAUGGUAAUAAUAAUAAUAGUAAUAAUAAUAAUGGUAAUUAUACUUCAUAUGUAAAUAGUAGAUCAAAUAGUAUAGCAUCAAAUAAUAGUAGUAUAACACCUUCAACAAGUUGUUCAAAUUUAAAUAAUGAUAAUAAUAAUAAUAAUAAUAAUAACUGUACAGAUAAUAAUAGUAAUAAUAAUAAUAAUAAUAAUAAUAAUAAUUCAACAACAACUACAACAACAAUAACAAAUACAAAUGUAAAUAUGAUUGGUGCAUCAAAUAUAAAUAGUAGUAAAUCAAAUUUAAAUAGUUUAUUAUUAAGUGGUGGUAGUAAUGGUAAUGGAGGUGUUGAUAAUUUAUCAUCGACAACUACAUCAUUAUCACAAAACCCACCAAUACAACCAAUGAGAAGAAGUGAUUAUAAUCGUAUUUUUAUUGAACCUGGUAAAUUUUAUAUUUUCCCAGAGAGUGAAAGUUUUGCAUUAGCAAGAUUGGUUGUUGAAGAGGAAGACCCAUCAAAAUUAUUUAGAAUAGGUGAAAAUGCUGAAGUUAAGGGUGCAUUUGGUACCGUUUAUCAGGUUUUUUAUGUUAAUGGACAAUAUAAUAAUGUGGAUGUGGCUUUAAAGAAAAUGGAUCACAAAUCUGAGAAAAAGAGAAGAAAUAAUUUAAAUGAAAUUUCAAUUUUACGUUAUUUAAAACAUCCAAAUAUUGUAACUUAUAUAAAUAGUUAUGAGAAAAAUGAUGAAGAAAUUUGGAUGGUAAUGGAAUAUAUGGACGGAGGAACAAUUAGGGAUGCAAUAUCAAAUUUUACAUUUACUGAAAAAUAUGUAGCUUAUAUUACAAAAGAGAUAUUACAUUCUUUAGAAUACCUUGCUUCUUUAAAUAUAGCACAUAGAGAUUUAAAAAGUUCAAAUAUAAUGAUAAACAGUAAAGCCGAAGUUAAAUUAAUUGAUUUUGGAUUUUCAAUUGAUUUAACACAUUUAAAACAAGAUAUUAAUAUGUGUGGGUCACCAUUUUAUAUGUCACCAGAACAAAUUCAAGAUAAAGCACAUGGAUUAGCUGUUGAUAUUUGGAGUUUAGGUAUUGUGGUAGCGGAAAUGGUUAGAGGUAGAGUACCACAUCAUAAAUCGAAAAUUAAAGCUAUGUUUUUAGCUGGAACAGUAGGUGUUAAAUUUUCAAAAGAGAAAAAGUAUUCUUGUCAUUGGUCUCCUGAAUUAUUUGAUUUCCUAAACGUUUGUUUACAAAUGGAUCCCACUAAAAGACCAACUCCAACCCAAUUAUUACAACAUCCUUUUAUAGCAACUGCAGCAACGAAAGCUGAAACCUUAGAUUUAUUACCUCUUUUAUUCAUGUCGAAGACUUUAUCAAAAUUAUCAAGAGGAAGAGAUAAUCAAUAA